UAUUUAUUUUCUUAUAAGUACAGUAUGUUUUAGUGAAGAAAGUAAAAUCCCCAAAAUCUUUGGCCUUUUCGCCGUCGAUUACCCUCCACUCCACAGACGGCGUUGGCGAUGGCUCACCAACAGGCGUUCGACCCUUACUUCCUCCACCAACCGGACUACGGCGGCAUCAACACCCUCUUCGUCUCCGGCCUCCCCGACGACGUCAAGGCCCGCGAGAUUCACAACCUCUUCCGCCGCCGUCCCGGUUUCGAUUCUUGCCAGCUCAAGUACACCGGCCGCGGCAAUCAGGUGGUUGCUUUUGCUACCUUUGUCAAUCAUCAAUCAGCUUUGGCAGCUCUGCACUCAUUAAAUGGCGUAAAAUUUGACCCUCAGACUGGAUCUGUCCUACAUAUUGAAAUGGCCAGAUCAAACUCAAGGAGAAAGCGCAAGCCAGGAAGUGGAGCCUAUGUUGUUAUUGACAACAGAAAUAAAGCAGCGGGUGAUGCCCAAGAAUCCAGUGGUGAUGAUUCAGGAGAGAGUGAAGCAGAUGAAGCUCCUGGGGACGAGGGGGAUUUAAAGAUUUCAAAAAGUGAGGCAGUGGACGAUCCUGAAACGGCUGUUCCGACUGAAAAUGUGAAGGAAAAGGAGCAGACAGAAAAGACCGUUGAUGAUGUCUCACAAGAUACUGUUGAUGGUGUCUCACGAUGUUCCACUUUGUUCAUUGCAAAUCUUGGUCCAAAUUGCACUGAUGAUGAACUGAAGCAAGUCCUGUCUCCAUAUUCUGGGUUUAAGGCGGUGAAGGUGCGUGCUAGAGGUGGAAUGCCAGUUGCAUUUGCUGAUUUUGAGGGAAUUGAACAAGCGACUCAAGUCAUGGAUGCUCUUCAAGGAAGCUGGUUAGGAUCAUCAGACCGGGGAGGGAUGCACAUCGAGUAUGCAAGGUCUAAGAUGAGAAAAUCGUAGUAGGAAACUUGGAGGUUUUCACCACAACUUUGUCUGACUGGAGAGAGCCGGACAUUGAAAAUACCGGCUAGGAGAUUUGUUCUUGGAUUUGUAUGCCUUAUUUUAUGUCAAGUAAAGGGAAAUCAAUGCCUUUUGGACUUCAUUUGCUACAGUAGGUGGUUUAGAGUUCUCUCCAUCCUUUAACAUCAUGUUAUAUGCUUAAUUGUGCCGUUGUCUGACAUUGUUAAGCCCAUUGUCAUCUGUAACGACUGAAGUUGAACACGUACUUCAAAAACGAAUAUCUACGAGUCUCUUGUCUGACC